ACAGACUUUUCCCAGCCAUUUCACACCCCCUCCAACUGUCUUGCCAUUUUCAGUUUUCUCUAGUUAAUUGAUAUGAUGAGCUAGUCUGUAAUUAGUAAACUUCGAUAACUGACAUGAUUUUUCACAAUCGAAUAAGUCGUAUUAAUUAAGUAAAUUCUGCAAAUUCUGCAUUGGGUUUUAUGUUUACUUUGAUGUGAGCUUCAUUACACAAUAUCAUCUUAUCUACUUUCUGAAGAUCAUUACGCGUUUUUUUCUGCGCUAAUUUGACCCCACACAUUUCGUAUGAAGCGUAGUUACAUCACGAUGGAGCUAGAAAACUAUAGCGCCAUUCCAUCAUCAAAAGUCCGGCUCGUGGAACGGAAUGUUGUUCCGCAAGGUGUUGCACUGGUCAAUCCAUCUGCCAGUGCAAAAAAAGCACCGAAUGAUUUGGUUAUGCUUGCCAUGGAGAUACAAAAGGCCGAUGAUUUUGUGAAAGCAAAUGCUUGCAACAAAUUGCAAAUAAUCGCCGAGCAGAUGAAGUUUUUGCAAAAGCAAGCUGAGAAUGUUUUACAGGAAGCAAAACAGAACACAUACCUGCAUCAUGCGGCUUGUAACUUCCGUAAACAGCCAGGUCACGUAUAUCACAUUUACCUCAGGGAGUCUGGGCAGACUUAUUUUUCCAUGUUGAGUCCUGAGGAAUGGGGUGGAAAUGGUCCUCCACACAUUUAUAAGGGGUCAUACAGAUUGGAACAUGAUCACUCUUGGACAUCGGUAUCGAAGCUGGAAGAAAAGGAUAACGAUUUGCAGCUAAUUCAUAAGAUUUUGGACUCAAAUAAGUCCUUUGCAAUAACAGAUGACCACAAUAAAAUGAAUGUAGACUAAUGAUCACCGGUCUAAGAAUUUCCGGGGGAAUCGUUAGUUCACGAGAUGAGGAAGUGAUAAUCAAUAAUUGCAUAAUUGAUUGUAAAUAUAUGCGAUUGGUGAAAUAUAAUUUGAUUUAUGUUUCGGCCUAGCAUUACCUAGUGACUUAAUUUUCAAGUGAUGUUUUUCGCUGUAAUAAAAUCAUUGUGUUGUGUUGACUGCAGAAACAUAAGAUCGUGUGAUAUUUCAACAAGGUUUUAUUUUUCUCUAAAGAAACAGUCAUUUUUGUACAGUAACAAGUGUUUCUUCAAUAUUAUUCUAGUGAGAGUUUACAACGAAUGUUUACAUGCAUGUUGCACAACUUUCUCUGAAAAACUUGGUACUAUUGGAUAUCCGACCACGUCACGAUUAACUGUAGCAUCACAUUGGUUCGAAUUUGAAGCAAAUUGCUUAUAACAAUUUUUGUGAUCUACCUAACAAAAAUGGACUAUGUAAAAUAUACAUAAAUUUUCAAUGA